AUGACUGAUAACACAACGAACGAAAAUUCGGCGUCUCUAAACGAAAAAGCCAAUAUGUCGCAUCCCCACGAUUGGCAACGCGUCAAGAUGGAUCUGCGUGGUAAAUUCAAAGAUGCAUGCAAACAAAAUGAUUCACGAAGUCGAGUAUAUUAUCAACAUCAAGCAUUUGCGGAAACAGCUGUAAAUGCUCUUGAACAACGUACAUUACUUGACGUUGAUUCAGAACCAUGGAAUACUCGUCAUACCAGUAUUAUUUGUACAUUAGGACCGGCUUCACAAAGUGUUGAUAUGCUUUUGAAAAUGAUUGACGCUGGAAUGAAUAUUGCACGACUCAAUUUUUCGCAUGGUUCACACGAAUAUCAUAAACAAAGUAUUGAUAAUGUUCGUGCUGCUGAAAAACUUACUGAGCGCAAAGGAAGAAUGCGAACUAUUGGUAUUGCAUUGGAUACAAAAGGCCCAGAAAUUCGAACCGGUCUAUGGGCUGAAGGAACUAACGCUGAACGUAAUUUACAAGUUGGCGAAACUGUUCGGCUAACAACAGAUGAAGCAUACGAAAGUAAAUGUACCCUGGAGAAUUUAUACGUCGAUUAUAAAAAUAUAUCGCAAGUUAUUAAACCCGGUAAUCGAGUUUAUAUUGAUGACGGUCUCAUUUCAUUGUUGGUUAAACACAUUGGAGAUACACAUAUUGAUUGUGAAGUUGAAAACGGUGGUUUAUUAGGUAGUCGUAAAGGUGUGAAUUUGCCCGGUGUUCCUGUUGAUUUGCCCGCUGUAUCAGAGAAAGAUAAGCUCGACCUUCAAUUUGCUGUGGACAACGGCCUGGAUAUUGUCUUUGCGAGUUUCAUUCGUGAUGCCGAGGGUGUUCGUGAAAUACGCAGAGUCCUCGGUGAAAGCGGAAAGAAAAUACAAAUUAUUGCAAAAAUUGAAAAUCAUCAAGGAAUCCAAUACUUUGAUGAUAUAUUGGAAGAAGUCGAUGGUAUCAUGGUUGCUCGUGGUGAUAUGGGGAUUGAAAUUCCACCUCAAAAAGUUUUUGUCGCACAAAAAAUGAUAAUUGCCAAAUGUAAUCAAGCUGGUAAACCAGUUAUUUGUGCUACUCAAAUGUUAGAAAGUAUGAUUAAAAAUCCGCGCCCAACCCGUGCUGAAGUCAGUGAUGUUGCCAAUGCUGUUUUGGAUAAUACCGAUUGCAUUAUGUUGUCGGGCGAAUCAGCAAAAGGAAAAUAUCCAGUGCAAUGUAUUCAACUGAUGCAUGAAAUUGCUCGUGAAGCGGAAGCAUGUCUAUUCCAUCGUGAACUUUUUGAAAAUCUUCGUUAUUUUACAAAACCACCAUUGGAUCAAAUGCAAUCGUCAGCUAUUGCAGCAGUUGAAGCAGCGUUUCGAAGCUUUGCUUCAAUUAUUGUUGUUCUUACACAUUCCGGACGAUCGGCCCGUCUUAUUUCCCAAUACCGCCCAAGAGCCGUUAUUAUGGCAGUAACUCGAUCUUUACAAGUAGCAAGACAAUUGCAUUUAUAUCGUGGCUGUUGUCCUGUUUACAUCGACGCUCCUCGAACACCUAUUAUGCAAACAGCUUAUGAUAAUCAAUCUCUCCUAUCUGGUGUGGAAGUGCAAUUCAAGCAACAUAACAUUUCAACAAGUCAAGCAUUGGCCAUGAGUGAUUGGUUACUGGACGUUGAUGCACGUGUCAGCGAUGCAAUUAAAGCUGCCAAAGAACGUGGUUUCUGUUCCACAGGUGACGCUGUUAUUGUAGUUACAGGAUGGCGCCCUGGUCUUGGAACAACAAACACGCUGCGUAUUAUUUACGCCGAUUAA